CCAUCCCCAACCAGACAUCCAGCGGACCGCAGAGUAGCCCGAUCAUUGUUGAGGGUGUCGACUUGUCAUCCAUUGGCGGCGACUUCACCACCAACAACAUCACCUCUCUCCCGCCUCUACCCUCGUCGCCGCCUACAUCGCCUGGAAGGCCAGCCUCAUCCCGCGCAGUCCAUGAUCGAAGUGCAUCGAAGAAUCUCCUCGGCAGUAUCCGUCACCCACUUCAGUCCAGCAGAGAACCACGAUCGGCGGGGCGGCUACGACAGGUGCGAGACGACAACGCGGCAAUGCCGCCCGCAAAGAGCAGCAUGUCGCAGAUAUAUCAUUUGCAGAAGAACCCGGGCAGCACGCCGGAGCUGAGCCUGGUCGGCAGCGCGGAGAGCGUGAGCAGAUCAGCAGACAAUGCUAGGCUGCAGGGUGAGUUUCACGUCAAGCUUGAGCUUCAUUUCACUUGCGAGCUUCGCACUCGAACGUCGAACAACACCGACAACAUUAACUUGGACACCUUCAACAACACCUUCAGACACUGGAUCUGGAGCCAGAGGCCUCUUCCGUCGUGGUGCUGGAGCUGGAGCCACCGUACUGCAUCGUUUGCGGUGCAGUCAUUGUUCGUGCAGCUUGCUGACUGUGAUUGCUACAGUGAACGGCAACGCACCACCUGAACCACGACCGCAACCAUCUCCGCAAAUAAGUGAGGACAGCAUCACCGCCAGGCGGCAGAAGAAGAGCUUCAACCCACUCACACGGCAGAAGUCCAACGGAAGAGAUUCGCAAUCGAAGACCGUCAAGGUCGAAACCAAGCGUCCAUACGAACAGCCACCGAAAACAGCACCUCUACAAUCUGACUGGCCACAGCAAGAAGAUAUGCGCUUCCUCAAACCGAAGACGGAGAAGCGCGGCAAGUCGGCCGAGCGCGCACCGCAAAAUGAAGCCGAGGAGCAGGCUGAGCAUGUGAAGCUGCGGCAGAAAGACAAGGAGCGUGAGAGGGAGAAGGAGCGCGAGAAGGAAAAGGAGAAAGACAAGGGCGGAUUUAUGUCAGGCAGCAGGAAUGCGGUCUCCAAGGCUGCAAAAGGCGGCGGCAAUCUGCUUACGAGGCUGGGCAAGAUUGGCAGGAGCAGCAGUAACAACGAGAAGGAGGUCCCGGAUAGUGAGUACGUGUGCAGGAUGAUCAUUCUGCCACUGGUCGAGCAGACGCGCAAGACCAGAAUCAGCAAGGAUCUCGCCAGCUGCAGGGACAAGACUGAGUUCUGGAUGCCGAGCUUGCCGUGGCGGUGCAUUGACUACCUGAACCUAAACUGCGAGUCUGAAGGCUUGUACCGUGUGCCAGGCAGCGGUCCACAAGUCAAGCACUGGCAAAGACGCUUCGACACCGAGCUCGAUGUCGAUCUUCUCGACGAGCAGGAGCUGUACGACCCGAACAACAUCGGCAGCAUGCUCAAGUCGUGGUUGCGCGAUCUACCCACCGAAAUCAUGCCCGCCAGCCUGCAGGCCUCUCUCGCAAUCGAGCUCGAGCAGGAGAACCCAGACUACACCCGCAUGGGGCAGCCGGCGCCGCAAAAGCUGCGUGAUGCACUCUCCGAGCUGCCCCCAUUCAACUACUACCUCCUCUUCGCCAUCACCUGCCACCUCAGCCUGCUCCUGUCACACAAAGAAAAGAACAAGAUGGACCUCAACAACCUCUCCAUCUGCAUCGGCCCGUGCCUGCGUCUCGAGCGCUGGCUCUUCAACUACCUCGUCGGUGACUGGCGUCACUGCUGGCAGGGCUGCUUCACCGAGAAGCAGUACCUUGACGCGGAGAAGGCGUACGAGCGUGGCGAGGAGUACGAAGUGCCUGUCCUUCCAACCCAAGGCAGCGCCAACCUAGCCGUUCAAAAUGGUGUGCAAGACCUCGCCAUCGACGAGCGCGCAGUUCACAGCAGCGGCACCGAGAGCAGUGGCCCGAGCAAGCCGGGAAGUCAGUACGAGGAUGCUAGGCCCACCCUCUCCGAAGACAGCGGCAGCGGGUCCCGGCGCGAGAAUGUGACGCCGGAGACGUACAGGCCCAGUGGAGUAGUUGGAGUCGACGAGCGCGAGUUGUCGAAUGGCGGGUUGACGGCUCUUCCGCGCAGUCCUUCUAAUAUGGCGGCGGCGGGUGAUGCAAAGAGGCCGGCUACUGCUGGCGAAACUACGGGCAAGAGUGACGAGACGCCGAAGGUGGGAACGCCGAGGCUCUACUCGCACAGUCGGAGUAAGAGCGACGUUGCUACUACGCCGGUUAAGACGAGUGUGGAUUAUGCGUUUCCGAUGCCUGGGGGAAGGUCGUAAGACACUUGUCGCACGGGAACGAUGAAAGACAACAUACGAAGAAGUCGACUUAGGCAUGCGCGUUGUCGCCUGCCAUCAACCUUCGGAAGCUGUUGCGUACGAUGCAGCCACCGAACUUAAUUCAAAAGCAGUGAUUCCACCCACUCAGCACUCAACGAUACCCCACUGCAUUCAGCA